AUGUUCCACAAAGCGCCCAAGAUGGUGUGUGCAUUCGUGCCGGUAGUGAUUAUCCUUGGAUUAGUAUCGUUUUCCCAUUCAACCGCCCUCAAUGGGGCGCCCGGCGGUGUGAGCACCGGCAAUAAAGCGCCCGGUGUGAACUCCCCGUCCAACCGUCUCACCGAACCGCGGAUGCCCGCGCUAGAAGGUGUCCUGACGGCGGUCCUGCCGGAUGAACCGAACGCCGAUAGCGAGCGGUUCGAUGCACUCACGCUCGAGGACCAGGUGCGGCUGCUGUCGAAGCAGCUGAAUGCGCUAACGUACCAGCGGCGCGAGGACUACAAAAUGCUCGAGAACAGCCUGAAAAAAUACGUGCGCAAGAACGCGGCCGAAAUCACGGACGCCCAGAUACGAGAGGAGCUGGAUCAGCUAAGGGAGGACGUUAAUCAGCUGCGCGAAACCAACUCGCCGAGCAAAGAGCGGCUCACCGUUCAGUGGCUGUCGCAAUCGAUAUCCGAGAUUCGGUCGGAGCUGGCAGAACUGCAGAGUUCGUUCGGUGGCGGCUCCAAGGAUGCCCAGUUCCGCAACCAGCUACUGGAGGAUCUCAGCACGCUCCGGGGCGAAUUUGGUACGGCGAAGCUGGAGCUGGAGUCGCUCCGCUCACGGCAGGAAAAAACGGAAGUGCUGGUUCGAGAACUGCAGGAAGAAGCGGUCCAGAGUGCGGAUGAUAUUCGACGCAGUCUCAACAUGCGACUUGAAAAGGACGGUACCAGUCAUCAGGAUGAUAAAUCGAACCUACCGCAUACGAUCGAUUUCGUCGAACCGGAAGCGGAUCAUCGGAUGCGCCAUCAACGCUUCAUUCGGCAGCAGCUGCACGAGCUCGAGGUGAAGCAGAGCGUCAUGAAGCGCCAGCUGAGCGAACUGCACGGCCAUCGGCUUGCGGACCGGUUGCGUAGCGUCGAGAUCGAACAGCGCCGUCUCGCAAGCGCUAGCUUCAACGUGAGCCGCCAGAUCGCGGGCCUCGAUAAGCUGCACGGUUCGAUGCUGGAGCUGCUCGAGGACGUUGAAGCGAUACAGGGCAAGUUCGAAAAGACGGUACCGGACAUGCGGCGUGAGAUUGCCAAGGUCGAGUUCGGUGUGGCACAGGCGGCCUCGGAGCAGGGGCUUGUCCGGGAGGAGGUGCAUAAUGCGGCGAAAAGCAUCCAGGCGAUGGCGGUUAGUGUGAGCGCACUGCAGGAGGAACGCGGCACGGUCAAGCGGUUACAGGGUGAAGUGCACGAACUGAAGGAUGAGCUGACAAGGAUUCGAUCGGCGUCCGUGUUGCACCGCGAGAUGGCACACAAUCGACUCGAGAAGCUGGAAGCUGGCUCGAAGUCGGAUUACAACGGUACGACAGCGCCGCACCGAACGCUAACCGAGCUGGAGCGCACGACCAAGCUUGUCCAGCAGCUGGAAUCCGUGGAGAACGAGUACGAGUCCAUCAUCAACAAGCUGCCGCGGGAUUGCAGCCAGAUCGAGCGGAUGCGAACCGCCGGCACGGCCAACCAGCCGGGCGACGGUGGGCUGUAUCUGAUAGCGCCGGCGGAACAACACCACCCGCUAAUGACGCAGUGCUUCGGCGAGUGGACGACGGUGCAACGGCGCCAGGACGGUACCGUUGACUUCAACCGCUCGUGGGAAGAGUACGCCCAGGGUUUCGGUACGCCGGCCGGCGAGUUCUGGAUCGGCAACCAAGCGCUGCACCAUCUCACGCAGGACAACUGCUCCCGGUUGCGUAUCGUCAUGCAGGACAUCUACGACAACACCUGGUUCGCGGACUAUGCCACCUUCCGGAUCGAUUCGCGCGAGGCCGGCUUCCGGCUGGUGCUGGGCGGGUACAGCGGUAACGCAUCCGAUGCGUUCGAGUACCAGAACCAGAUGCAGUUUUCCGCGAUUGACGUCGACCGGGACAUCUCGAAUACGCACUGUGCCGGUAACUACGAGGGUGGCUGGUGGUUCUCGCACUGUCAGCACGCGAACCUCAACGGGCGCUACAACCUCGGGCUUACCUGGUUCGAUGCGUCCCGCAAUGAAUGGAUUGCGGUUAAAUCAAGCCACAUGAUGAUUGCCCGCCGCUCGGAGUGUGAUGCAAACGGUACGGAGCUACCACCGCUGGACCUGCCAGCGACGACGACCGGCCUAGCGGUCGGUGGUCUUUCAACGCCUUCCGAUGCGUCGAGGAGUCUGCACGGUACGAAUGGUGGUUCACGGCAGGACAGCACAACCACCGCAUCAACGUUCUCUUAA